AUGCUGUAUUUGUGUGUAUUGGUGAAAGCGUCCCAGGGCUUCCUGGUGAAGCACUACGCCGGAUGGGUGGAGUACACCACCAAAGGUUGGCUGGACAAGAACAAUGACCGGCUCCUGCCCGAGUGUGAGGAGCUGAUCUGUGACUCGACCUUUCCCUUCGUGGCAUCUUUGGGCGAGGAGGAUCCCGGGAAGGUGCCUUUCCGGUCCAUCAGCAAGAAGUACUGCACGGAUCUGGAAAGCCUCCUCGAGACGCUCAACACUUGCCAGCUCCACUACAUACGCUGCUUCAAGCCGAACGACUUCCAGGAGCCAGGCAUCUUCGACCAGGGCCUCGUCCUGGAUCAGAUCAUUCAGUGUGGCACCAUCGAGCUCGUCCGGAUAAUGCAUGACGGCUAUCCUAACCGCUGUCACUUCGAGGAGAUCGUGGGCCGCUUCAGGAGCCUUUUGCCGGAGAGCUUCCAGCGUUAUGGGAUGCGCACAUUCAUCGAAGCCUUGAUGUUGGCCUACGACGUUCCCAACGAGGACUGGGAGCUUGGCGUCUCGCGGCUUUUCCUCAAGGCUGGGCGUCUGAAGGCCCUCGAAGAUCUACGCUCCGAAGGCGCUGUCCCAGAUCCUGAAGCGCUUCGGCGCAUCGUGCAGGGCAUCAUCCGCAAGAGGUGGAUUCGGGCAAUACAUGCGGUGCAGCUUUGCCACUACCUGCCGAAGCUUCUCGAGGAGAUUCGCGCAGCCAGGGCCUCCGCAGCGUUGGCCACAACUGCGCUGCUGGUCGGUCGGUUGCAGCCGCUGCUCACAACAGCCAGGGAGCGCCUGAGCCAACGGCGGCUGCGGGCUCGGCGCCGGCUGAAAGCUGCCAUGGGCGCGGUGCGGCUGACCUUGUGGGUGAUGGCGGAGGUACGCCUGCAGCGCAUGCAGAAGGCCAUGCGCAGAUGGUGGCUGCUGCGUUCACGGCUGGAUACCUGGCUGAGGGAGAAAGCCGAGGCUCUGUUGGAGGAGGAAGAGGGGCGCCAGAGACUACAAGAAGAAGAACGCCUGAGGGCAGAGGAAGAACGCCGUAGGGCGGAAGAAGAAGAGCUGCGAAGGGAACAGGAGGAGCGUGAACGGGCAGAGGAAGAACGCCGUAGGGCGGAAGAAGAGGAGCUGCGAAGGGAACAGGAGGAGCAUGAACGGGCAGAGGAAGCGGAGCGGCAAAGGGUAGAAGAAGAGGCAGAAGAGGAGCGUCGGAGGGCAUAUGAGGAAGAAUUGCGCAGGGCAGAGGAGCUGCACAUGGCGAAGGAGGGGGAGGCUUUGCUCUCUGGAGCACCUGUUGACCCGAGAAACGUGGGACCUCAGGAGCGGGAGCGAGAAAGAGAAGUGCAGCGCCAGAGGCACGAAGCAGAGCUCCGACGCCAGCACGAGCUCGCACGAAGGCACGACGAAGAGGAGAGAGACCAGCAGGAAGAGCUCAAUCUUCGAGAGCAGCCGCAGGGCCACGUUUGGUUUGUGUCUGCAAUGCAGGGCGUCACUCACUGCUCCACGGAGACUAUGCUGAGAUUCGAAGCUGAGCCCGCCGACAGACAGACGGCCCAUCAGGAGCAUGAUCAGACAUCCUCCGACGCGGAGGAACUCUUGGACGAGUCAGAGCCAGAGAUGUUCAGCCGGGCAGAUCCGGAGGUCUAUCGGAACAGAAUAGACGAGCCGGAAGCAGAAGAGCAGGAGGCAGAGGAGGAGGAGGAACAAGAGGAAGGGGAAGAGGAGGAAGAAGAGGAAGAAGAGCAAGAAGAGGAGGAUGAGGAUCACCGGGAGGAGCUGGAGGAAGAAGUGGAGCCAGGGGAGGAGCAAAGAGAAAGGAGGGAAGCUCACGAGGCCUUCUGGCAGUUCAGCGUCUAG